AUGGCUCAGCGUAGAACACACAGGAAGUCGAAACUCGGCUGCCAAGACUGUAAACGGCGGCACAUUAAGUGCGAUGAAGGACGACCUAGUUGUGUCAAUUGUACAACUACCGAACGUCAAUGCGUGUACGCACCUCCGUGCCCUCGCAGGGUUCGAUCAACAUUGCCUCACACUUCAACCACGGAUGUCGGAUAUACGUCCGCAACGACGUCACCUUCCUCAACACUGUUACUUCCUGCACCUGAACUGGCUCAUUCGAUGUCUACCCCACCUUCAUUGGCAGCAUCGCCCCUCUUGACACCGGCUUCAUCACUUCAGUACAGCGCCCCUUGUUCAAACCUCAACAUACGCCAUAUGGAGCUAUUGAGCAACUUCAUGCUCGAGACUGCUCCAAGUCUGAACAUCGUGGGGAUGAUGGACUUGGGCUUGAUGCGCACUAUAAUGCCAGUCGUACUGUCGGCGCCGUAUCUUCUGCUCCAGGUUCUUGCUCUCUCUGCUCUGCAUCUUAGCCGAACGAGACCUGGGCAGGCCGGCAUGUACCACGCGGAAGCAACCUCGCUACAGAUUGAAGCUUUAACGUCGUUCGACAACCACCUUGAAAACAUUAACGGCGAAAACUGCGAGGCCAUGCUAAUAUUUGCAAGCUUUCUCGGCAUACAUUCACUUGGGGAGGCAGUGAUAACUUCGAAGAGCGACGCGGAUGGCUUCCUAGACAGGUUUGUCACGUACCUGAACCUUCAUCGUGGAGUACAGACUGUCACUGCUGAAGCCUGGGCGCUGUUGCUUCGCUCGAACAUUUCUCCUAUGUUGCAUCAAGCUAGCAACCAGUUGAAUGCUGCAGCGUCACAUGCUCCAGAACGAGCGACUUCUGUGACUGAUAAACUGAACCGCUUACUGGACGAUGGCGACAUGAGUGCGGAGAACAAAAUGGCAUGUCGCAAUGCAGUAUCCAGACUGAAGAUGAUGUACCAGGUCGAGUACUUGGAAGACCAAUCUGUGAAGACACAGCAACACUCCUCAGAGCUGAUCUGGGCUUGGCCUAUCCUUCUAUCAGGGAUAUACACAGAUCAGUUGCAGAGGCGUCAGCCCGAAGCACUGAUCAUCCUUUGCCACUAUGCUGUACUCCUGCACGAGCGCCGUAGCAUGUGGUGCGUGGAUAAUGCGGGUCGUAUGCUGAUCGAGUCAGUCACAAAGUCAUUAGGGUCAUACUGGAGACAAUGGCUGGAUUUGCCUAACGAAGUCAUCAUGAACACUUUCAUGUCAUGA